AUGUCGGCAGUUACUGAAGCAAACCACAAAAAGCGGAAGUUACCAGAGGUAUCCGAGAUCGAGAUCGAUGUCUCUGCUCCUGAACCGCCUUCGAAAAAAGCUUUGCGUAAAGCAAAGAAGAAAGCUGCCGAGUCUCCACCAGAGACUACUACUAGCGAACAGAAGACGGAAGUCGCUGCAGACCAUGAAGAAAAUUCUAAGAAACGCUCAGACUACGGCAUUUGGAUUGGAAACCUAGCGUUUUCUGUUGGUAAAGAUGACCUACGCAAAUUCUUUACAAGCAACUGUUCUUUCACGGAAACUACGAUCACUAGAAUACAUUUACCGAAGGCAUCGGAAAAGAAUGGUAAAACACAAAAUAAAGGAUUUGCAUAUGUUGAUUUCUCCAACCAGAAGGCCACUGCUGAGGCAUUGGGACUGAGUGAACAACUCCUAUCUGGACGCCGUGUGCUUAUAAAAGAUGCAAAGAACUUUGUCGGUAGACCGGAAAAGUCUCAACAAGAAAAUCAGAAGGCUGGCGCUGCUGGGUCGGCCUCUGGUAACCCUCCCUCCAAGCGUAUAUUCGUCGGCAACCUUGGCUUUGACGCCACAAAAGAGAUCAUCGAGGAACACUUUGGAAAAUGUGGGUCGGUUGCACAUGUACAAGUAGCGACAUUUCAAGACUCCGGGAAAUGCAAGGGCUAUGCCUGGGUGACAUUCGAAGACCUCACAGCCGCAGAAGCAGCGGUGAGAGGCUUUGUUAUGGUUAAUGAAGACGAAGAAGAUGAGGAAGUACAUGGGUCUGACUCCGAAAAUAACAAGAAGCCGAAGAAGCCGAAGCAAAGAAGGGUAUGGGUAAACCAGAUUUUGGGUCGGCGUAUGCGGAUGGAGUUUGCAGAAGACGCAACAACACGGUACAAGAAACGUUUUGGUAAGGACGGCGAAGGCAAGAAAAAUCAAACUACAGAUAUUAGUGAGACAGAGCCCUUUGAGGACCAGGAUGCAACCGGAAUACAACCUCAACGAUCGCGAUCCGCAAGGACUAUGCAUGGAAAGACGGAUUACUCAAGAUACGACAAGGAAACCGUGCAAAAGCUUAGUGGUGCCAUUGUUGAGUCUCAGGGAAAGAAGACUACGUUCGAUUGA